AUGGAAAAUGAAAAUGAAAAUGGCACACCAAAACUGUUCAGGGAUCAACGCCUUCGCCUACAUUACGGUUGCUCGGAUGGUAUACUUGGGCUUGCCUCAGAAGAAGAUCUGGGGCAUCAGAGCCACCAGCUCACAUUGAUAUUCGUAUGGCUAGAUAUCGUCUGCUUUCUAGUUCAAGGUGGAGGUGGAAGCAUGCUUUACGGUGAUUCCAGUGCCGGAGUGAAGAAUAUUGGCAUCAAGAUGUACACGGCGGGCAUUGGACUGCAGCUCGGGCAUGUCGUCAUAUUCACAGGCAUGACAUUGUUCUUUUACUGGAAGAUGCGUCGGGUUACGGGCCGUCAUGUACGAAGAAUGGGAUGGCUGAUCUGGACAAUGCUUCUCGUGCUGGCUAUGAUUGUGGCGGGUAGCUUUGUAGUUUUGGUUCCAGGAAAUGAGCGUGCUGACGGAAUUGAGCUGUCGCAGAUGCGCAUCAUUUUCCGACUGGUCGAAUUUGGUCCAGGCCUCAACCACUACAGCCCAAUGUUGGGCAACGAAACAUACCCCUUUAUGCUGGAUGCGUUCCCGAUGCUGGUCGCAUUUGUAGCUCUCAGUGUCAUGCAUCCGGGAUACGUGUUGCGGGGUCCUGAUGGCGAUUUCCCUCGAUUAACGCGAGCGGAAAAGAAGGCGAUUAGGCAGCAGAAGAAGGAGGAAGAGAAACGAACAAAGGAAGGUUGCAAAGAGGGGACAGUCUGCAGGCAAGCACAUGAAUACUGA